ACCACUUUGUACGUGUACGACAAACAAAAAGUGACGAGGUGGCCUCCAGUGGCGAAGGUCGGAUUCGAACCAGCGUCUUUAGCUAACCGGGGCGUCUUUAGCCAGUUAACGUCAUGAACCCCUAGGCCACCCCGUCACGGUGAAACUGGUCCUAAUUUCUCGACUAUAUAUGCAAUCGUAAUGAGACUAGGCGUUAUGUGAAAUUCGCAUGUAUCGAUGCCAAUUUCCUAUAGCUCGUUGAGCAAUAAUGUAAAUGACUACAUUUGACCUCGCUCGACAAAGAUGGUUCAGUUUGCACCGAAAGUUGAGGUAAGUACAUAUAUUUAUAUUUUAAUUAUUACAAAAUAAUGUAGUUUCGUUUCCUGUACGAUAACUUAACAAACAAAUCUUUUCCUCUUUUCAUAUAGUUCAUGAGAACCGUUUCACACGUUUCUUUACCACAUGCGCCCCGCCCGUCUACACCCCACCCCUCCACUGAAUUUUUCUGCUAUAAAAGAGCAUGUUGAACCAUAUUCCCACUACAGUGUCACAACGAAUAUUGCGUUGAAAUCAUGGAUCCGCAAGCUUCAUCACAUACCAAAUCCGACAACAAUACCAUCACCACUUGGUGCUGCCAGUGCUGGUUGUCCACCACCACAAGCGGCGGCGGCGGCUGUGACGGUGGCUGUAGCAGCUCCACUUCGCAAUCGUCACCCGGACCACAACCGAUGGCAACAGCAAAGGCACUGUUAAAACAAGACGAUGGGGACAAGGGAAAAACAAACUGCCUAGAGAGCGCUUCUGAGAGCGAUACGAGCGAUGAAAUGAACUCUUUUUAUCAAGGAUGUAAAAGCAAGUGGAUAAAAGCGUUCCGAAACAAUACUCUGAUUAAUAGAUGGCGCCUCCCCAUGCCAUUUCACACAUUUAGAGCGGAAGUAGCGAGAUUGUUAAAACGAUUGUAUAUCGAAGGUCACCAUGACGAUUGUCAUAUUUACCCGUUAAUUGUAAUGUGGGACGAUUUAAACGAUGACGUAGAAGAGAUAGUGGGAGAUGCUCAAAUCAACUAUCAAGACUGGAUUGCGUUAUUAGGUGGCGUUACAGCGGAACUAUUUUCACGCGUGGUGUUCAAUACUAAAUCUUUUAAUUAUUUAAUCAAUGUAAUAUUUUGUGUGCUAGGUCCAAACAUAAUAGCUUCCGGUGAUUAUGAAUGUGAACCUAAAUGUAAGAAUGCUCGUACAUAUUAAGGUGAUGAUGCAUUUAUUCCUUGUCAUUGUUUAAUUUUAAAUUGUUAGCUCGCUGCGAAUGUAAAUGUUUUAAUGUACACGUAUUAAUAAUAAAUUCAUAUUACUGAAUA